AUGAUACCACGGAUCUUUAUCACCGGCGCGUCAGGCUUUGUCGGCGGUACGACGACAGGCGCGUUGCGGAAGGCUCAUCCCGACUAUGAGGUCGUUGUACUAGUACGCAAUGAGGGGCAGGUAAACACCUUGCGACAGGCCUGGCCGGACGUCGAGAUUAUUAUCGGUACCUUGGAUGACGAUGGGAUCCUUGCAACGGAAGGUGGCAAGGCUGAUGUUGUUCUACAUAUCGCCUCGUCUGAUCAUAUGAACGCGCCUCAAUCCAUAAUCGCUGGUAUGGGGCGGGGCAAGAAAGGCCGCUUCAUCCACAUCUCUGGAACGGGUGUAAUCAACGACGUAUCCACUAGUCUCGGAGAUGAGUCCACCAAGGUCUACGAUGACGUGAAGGAUAUCCAAGAGAUUAUCAACCUGCCUAUGACUGCGUAUCACCGAAGUGUUGACGACGCCGUUAUCAUAUCUGGGCAAGAAUAUGGCGUACCCACGGCAAUCAUCUGUCCGCCCAUGAUCCAUGGCGUUGGAAAGGGUCCGUGUAAAAAACGCAGCAUCCAGAUACCUAUUUUGAUCGAAGCAAUUGUGGAACGGGGAAGGGCCUUCACUGUGGGGCAGGGGAACAACAAGUGGGAUCAUAUCCAUGUUCGAGACCUGGCUAAUGCGAUUGUAUUAAUGGUUGAGGAAGCCCUUAAACCCAAUGGAGGAGCCGCGACAUGGGGCCCGCAAGGCUACUACUUCGUGGAAGCCGGUGAAUUUGCAUGGAGAGAAAUUUCAGCCGAAUUGGCGCACUUGCUUCACGCCCAAGCCAAAAUUGCCAGCAGCGAGGUCGAUAAACUAACUGUCGAGGAGGCUACAAAGGUCCAUUGGUGGGCGCCUGUCCUCUGGGGAGGAAACUCUCGGAGCCGAGCAUCUCGCAUUCGGACGUUGGAAUGGAUGCCCGAUAUCACAACAGUUUCGCCGACUCUACCAGAGAUGAUCCAGCAGGUACUCAAAUAG